GAAUCAGGCCGAGUUUUGAUUAUUUCUUUAAGCUGAUCAACUGUUGGUCUUGGUCCUCUUGUUGGCUUUGUAAUAGUUCGCCAUUGCUGAAUGAUGUCAGUGAUUGCCCUUGACAUAUGGUGAAGCUAAAAAAGGAAUUGAAACUCCAAGAAAGAAAUAGGUGUGCUAAAAUUUAAUUGGCCAGCCUAAAGAGCUUAAAACACGUUUUGAUUUAAAUUAAGCUCUUCUCUUUCUCUCUUUCUUGUUCUUGGCGGUCAAGCACACACACAGACACAGAGGACACACACAUAUAUAUACAUACAUAAAAGUCACACUAUGUCUCUGCUAGACGCCAUCUCUAUUCUCCUGGUGACUAUUAUAUCUAUUAUUAUUGGUUUUCUUUUAUUAUUUUCACCUAAACCAAGGCCAAGAACAGAAAACGAAACAUAUUAUCGAGAUGCGUCAUCAGAGAAAAGAAAGCCCUUACCAGAUCUAUUCGAUGAGCCCUCUGUCAAGCUGUCCUGUAUUGUACCUGCAUAUGAUGAAAGUAAACGACUACCAAAGAUGUUGAAGGAGACAGUUGAAUUUUUAGAGCAAAAGAAAGAGAUAAACAAGGAUUAUAGUUAUGAGAUCAUUAUUGUGGAUGAUGGAAGUCGAGAUAAUACUAUUGAGGUGGCCAUGGGUUUUGCAAAGGAGUAUCCGCAUGUUGAUAUUCGUAUUCUUGCCAUGGAAAAAAAUCGAGGGAAAGGAGGAGCAGUAACUCAGGGAAUCUUAGGUUGUCGUGGUGAACUUUGCCUGAUGGUAGAUGCUGAUGGUGCAACUAAAUUCUCCGAUCUUGAUAAGCUACUCGAAGAACUUGCUCACAUUCAAAAAGAUGAUCAGGCUGUUGUUGUCGGAUCAAGGUCUCAUCUUGUAUCUACUGAAGCUGUUGUCAAGAGAUCAUUCAUUCGUAACUUGCUGAUGAGAGGCUUUCAUCUACUAGUCUAUAUUCUCGGCAUUCGCGGAAUUGAAGAUACUCAAUGUGGUUUCAAACUAUUCACACGUAAAUCAGCACAGAUCAUAUUCCCUAAUAUGCACGUCGAACGAUGGAUCUUUGACAUUGAGUGUCUCAUUAUUGCUCAACAACAAAAUAUUCCUAUUGCAGAAGUGCAAGUGACAUGGCAUGAAAUUGACGGUUCCAAAGUCAAUUUGAUGGUCGAUUCUAUAAAGAUGGCAGUUGACCUGUUACUGAUUAGACUUAAUUACAUCUUGGGUUUUUGGACUGUCCGAAAGAAAAAAUAAAUCUUUCUUUUUUUA